CAAGUGACUCGGUAUCUUGAUUUGACAAACGACCAACAUCAAAUACUUGUGGCGUUGAUUCCAUACAGCUCAGCGGGUCACUAUACUACGUGCUGUGUGCCGCAGCAGCAACAGCAGCACUUACACAAAAAGUAACAAUGGUAGAGUCGACACCAACAACAACCGUCAAGGACGCCGUCAAGGCCCAGGACAUGCGCUCCACGCCCCUCUACCAACAGGUCCAGCAGCAUUACAAGAGCAUCAUCGACCCCGCCAUAGGCCGCAUCUCCAACGCAACCGACCUGCACCUGUCCCCGCACGGCACGUCCGUCGUCUUCACGGCCCACGUCUGGGAGAGCGUCGACAAGAGCCAGGCCACGCGCAUCGCCGAGAUAGCCGUCGACACGGGCGCGGUGCGGUUUCUCUCUGGUAGUAGUACUACCUCCAGCGGCAGCGGCAGCGGCAACAACAACAGCAGCGGUGGCAGCCAUGGAGACGCGCAAAAGCCCCGUUACUCGCCCGACGGGCGCUUCAUCUCGUACACGGCCGCGAACCCCGAUGCCGGCGGCCUCUCGCAGCUGUGCCUGCAGGACUGCAUCACUGCCCCUGCUGCCACUACCACCAACACCAGCAGCGGUGACGAGGAGCAGCGGCUACCGACCGCCUCCUUCUUCCCCCUUCCCGGCUUCUCCGUCGAGUACGCCCUCUGGUCCGCCGACGCGCGGCACCUGCUGUGCGGUGCCGCCGCCGCGGGGGCCGACACGUCGGACCUCUUCGGCGCCGUCAAGAUCACCGCCGGCAAGCGGGACGACGCACCCGCUUGGCUCCCUAAGGUCGAGGGCUCGCAGGCCGAGCACCCGGGCCGCGCGCUCUUCCUCUUCGACGUUGAGGCCAAGGUGUACACCCGCGUCAGCCCGCCCGGCCUCAACGUGUGGGAGGCGAACUGGUGCGGCGGCGGCGGCGGCGACGGGUCUCUGCAGCAGCGUGUGGUCGGCAUCGUGUCCGAGCACGGAGACGAGGGCGCGUGGUAUACCUCGCGCGUCGCCAUCAUCGACAUCGCCAACGCCGACCAGGAUCAGGGCCAGGGCCAGGCUGUCAGGACUGUCCACGUCCCGCCCGAGCGGUUCCAGGCCGCCGUCCCCGUGGGCUCUCCGUCCGGCACCCGCGUCGUGUUCGUGCAGGCCCAGUGUAGCGACCGGUGCCUCGUCGCCGGAGACCUCUGGACGCUGGACGUGGACCACAAUAUAACGAGCGGCGGCACCAACAAGGUGAAGCACGACACGGACGGCGUGGACGUGACGAACGCCGCGUGGAUCGACGACGAUACGCUCUUCGUGUUUGGCAUCCGCGCGACGCAAAUCGUCGCCGGCACGCUCACCCUUCGGGACGGACGCUUCACCGAGCGCUGGGCGGCCGAUCCCGGCGUCACCUGCCCCAACGCGCAGCCCGACCCCGUGAUGCCCUCCUCCGACGGCUCCGUGUUCCCGAUCGUCCUGGAGGGCUGGUCGCGCAUUCCCGAGCUCACCCUCAUCGACACGGGUCGCCGCGAAGCGCCCAGCGGCAGCAACAGCAGCAGAAGCAACACUAUCCUCCGUCUCGACCACGACGGACACGUCUACCUACAGUCCCAGCUCGGCGAGAGCCGCCUGGAGCGGUGGACCUCACCCGACGGCCUCUCCAUCGAAGGCUUCGUGCGCCUCCCCAAGCACGGCCGCGCGCCGUACCCGCUGAUCCUGCACGUCCACGGCGGGCCCAUCGCCUCCUUCAGGGACAACUGGCGGCCCACGGCCUUUGACACGCUCCUCACGCUCCGCGGGUACGCCGUGCUCUCGCCCAAUCCGCGCGGCUCCAACGGCCGCGGCGCCGCCUUCACGGGCCACGUCUUCGGCGACAUGGGCGGCGGCGACGUCGACGACUACCUCGCCGGUAUCGAACACCUCGUCGCCCAGGGCCUCGUUGACCCGGCCCGCCUGGGCGUCGUCGGCGGCAGCUACGGCGGCUACAUGGCGGCCUGGAUCGUCACCCAGACGGACCGCUUCGCCGCCUCAGUCGCCAUCGCACCCGUCGUCGACUGGUUCUCCCAGCACACCCUCAGCAACAUCCCAACCUUUGAUCAGAUCAUGUUGCAGGCCGACCCCUACGACCACGCCGGCGGGCCCUACCGCACCCGGAGCCCCGUCCUGUACGCCGGCCGCUACCCGACCGCCGUGAUGCUUAUCUCCGGCGAGAACGACCCUGCGACGCCGCCGUCCCAGGCCAGGCAGUACCAUCGCGCGCUCGUCGAGAAGGGCGUCACCUCGCUGUGCCUCAUCUACCCCGGCGAGGGCCACGGGGUGCGAAAGUAUCCGGCCUACGUGGACUAUUGCAGCAGGAUAUUGGGCUGGUUCCUGGCUCACGUGCCAGUCAAUGAGAGCUAGACAGCAGCCAUAUGCGUGUCUUGAUCGCCAGGACUAUGAGCUUGUAUAAGAGAGUCGACCAGCUGUUGUAGUAAUUUCCAUUGGUG